AUGAGCGGCCUCCACGUCUACAGCACUUCUGUCACCGGCUCCCGUGAAAUCAAGUCCCAGCAGAGCGAGGUGACCCGCAUCCUGGAUGGGAAGCACAUUCAAUACCAACUAGUGGACAUCUCCCAGGACAACACCCUGCGGGACAAGAUGCGAGCCUUGGCAGGCAACCCCAAGGCCACCCCACCCCAGAUUGUCAAUGGGGACCAGUACUGUGGGGACUAUGAACUCUUCGUGGAGGCUGUGGAACAAAACACGCUGCAAGAGUUCCUGAAGCUGGCCUGAAUCAGGCCACCCUGCAGAUUCCCCACUGGACUCCCAUGUCACCAUGUUCUCCCCACAGCCCUCACUUGGCCAUGAAUGACCUUAUGACCAACUCUCUGCCAUUCCUAACUUUCUGACCUCAGAGUCCCUUCCCUGCAACCCAGGCCCCUUCUCCACUCUCUAACUGUAGCCUCCUCUUCUCCAUUCAAAGGCAACAUUCCUUAUCCACUUAGUCUCAGAAAU